AUGGCAUCUGCCACGAGCUCGCAUGCCAGCCCAGAUCCCUUUGAUCUGGGUGUCCAUACCGCCCAACCUCGCGCGAUUAGCCCGUGCAUCUCAGCUUCGACACAGUUCCCCCAUUGCGAGCCGUCCCAUUGGUCUCACAUCCGCGUUUCGGCGACCGGCGGCGACGCCGUCCUCGCCCCUUAUCAGACUCUCCAAUGCCGCCGCUACGGAAGGAGCGCAGCCUUUGCGGAACAAUUUUCCAACAGCUUCCUCGACUUUUGGAAGCAGGCGCUCUCCGACCUCAAUUCCGCACCCGCCCCGACCUACAGCAGCGUCGCCGCCGGUCGCCCUGCAAGCCAGCCCCUCGGGGGCCACACUCCCACGGCCGCCGCAGCCCCGCAACAGCAACGACCACAACAACCAAUCUCCCGUCUCCAGGGACGACCAAUCCCCGCCCCACCAAAAGAAGACCUCCGUGUUUUCGUGCGGCUCGAUGCCGAAGCGCCGGCGCGAGACCACAGCAGCUACGCAAUUCGGACCCACAUCGCCGCCAAAGUCGGCAUCGACUUGCACCGGGUCCCGGCAGCUUUCAAGGUAAACUCCGGAUGGGCCAUCCGAACAACGGACGCUACCAUCAGGGACCUCAUCGUCCAGCGACAGUCGGAAUGGUCCGAGGACCUAGACGCGACCUCGGUGGAGAUUAGUCACAAAUGGUACACAUCCAGCAUGCCCAGCCAGUGCAACAAAUGCUGGGAUUUCCACGCUCGACACAGCUGUGACCGACAACCGUCCUGCAAGCGUUGCGGAAGGAACGGCCAUGACGGUGAAACCUGCGUAGCCCUCGAGCAGUGCGCAAACUGCCUCGGACCCCAUUCCGCAGAUUUCUCGAAAUGCCCUGCACGCCCCAAGCGAUCACACGGCGUCAUUCGCCGCCUGACGAAGGAGGAGAAAACCCUCGUCCGACAGAUGGGCACCCAACUAUUUGCUCAGCGGAAGCAACAGUUCGAGCGCAUAGACCAACCCGAACAGCUAGAACGAGACUCCUCCGAGAUUCUCAAUUCCAUAGCUCCGAGCACUGCUCAGCCCGACGACCAGGAAGCCGAGCACCCAGAUGACAGGUCACGGGGCAGGAGCGAAACCUCAGUCCUAAGCUCGACCAGGACCAUGUCUCCGCCAUUCAUUAUGAUCUCGCCAGCACAUGACUGCGCCCUUGCCCUCGCCGACUCUGAACGAUACGACAUAGUGCUCCUCCAGGAGCCGUGGACGGAAGCCAAGGACGGCCGAUGUCUUACCAAAACCCACCCAGCCUACGAUACCUUCUCCCCAGUCGACAGCUGGGACGACAACAGCACCCGACCUCGAGUAAUGACCUAUGUCCGGCGGAGUCCCUGCCUGAUGACAGAUCAGAGGAGGCCUGUGGCGACCCGCGACAUUCUCUGGCUCACCAUCAACAACAUAACAGUAGUAAACUUCUAUCGACAACCGCACUACGAUGAAGCACUGGAGAUGCUCCUCCAGUGGACCACACCAGGAAGGUGCCUAGUAGCAGGCGACUUCAACGCCAAACACAGUAGCUGGCAAACCGGCCGGCUCGAUGGCCGAGGUGACGACAUCGCCUUUUGGGCCUCUGAGAACGGCCUUAGCUUGCUCAACCCUGCCGAUGUGCCAACGAACCCACAUGGCAACACAAUAGACCUCGCCUUCUCCAACAUACCACUAUCCGAAGCUGUCGUGGAGGAACACCUGGCCACCAGCUCUGACCACUUCACGCUCAGCGUGACACUCGCUGACCUGGCUCCGGCCUCGGUGCCGCUAGGAAAGGUCCGCCUCACCUCUGACGACGAGCUCGCUCGUUUCGCCGAAAUGGUCGAUUCCGGAGCAACAGCUAUCCCGGCCGCGGCCUCGUCUCCCCAAGAGCUUGAUUCCCUGGCGUUGGCGCUCGUGGAACUUCUCCAACUGGCAGCCAAGGCCGCCGGUCGCCCCGUCCGCAAAGGGGCACGCAGCGCGCCCUGGUGGACAGAAGAAUGCGCCCUCGCCGCGGCGGAAUACCGCGCGAUUAGGAGAGUCUACCCUCUCGGCUUCAAUCGGGAAGUCCAGCUUGCAAAGAGAGACUUCCAGAAAGUCGUGCGGCGAGCCAAAAGACAUUACUGGCGCAAUCUGAUCGACAGCUUCACUGACAGCGCCUCCGUAUUCAAAGCGGUCCGAUGGCUGAGAUCACCGGGCGCUUUCCAGCCUCCGCCCCUACAAGUAGGCGAUGUAGUUUACGAGACGCAGCUUGACAAAGCCAAUGCCCUACGGCGGGCGACGCUCGAGCGGCGCACGGCGGACGACGACAUCCCAGAUCCGUGGAUCCCAGUCGACACAACGAAAACCGUUCCCUUCACGCAACAGGUGUCACUUGAGGAAGUGCGCGACGCAACCCUACGGACAGGAAACACGUCUCCCGGCCCCGACAGCAUCACGGUACAAAUGCUCAAGGCGCCGUUCAGAGAGGCCGAAGUAGUCAUGAUAACAAAACCAGGCCGAAGGAACCUCUCGACCCCUCGUGCCUGGCGACCCAUCUCCCUACUGUCCUGCCUAGGCAAAGGUCUCGAGCGGCUCAUCGCACGCCGCCUGGCAUGGGCCUCCGUCCACUACGGAGUCCUCCAUUCACAACAAGCUGGCGCUCUCCCGAAGAGAUCUGCCGUUGACCUUGUUGCCGCUCUGCUGCAUGACAUUGAAGAGGCGUUUGCCCGCGGACAAGUUGCCACGCUGAUCCUUCGCCUCCGGAAGCCGAAGGGGCGCUUCGGCUACGCAGACGACACGGGCAUCUGGCUCGACAGCACCCUGUCGUUCAAGACACACGUGGAAAAGUGGACAGCCAAGGCACAGGUCGUGGCCUAUCACUUGAAAAGUCUGGCAAACACCAAACAUGGUCCUCUUCCGGUGCCGUUCGCAGAGCCGUAA